GUGUGUGUUUGAAUGCCGUCGAUAUGCCUGCCAGCCUUUUCCUCUCUCAACAUGCCUGCAGCGAUGCACCUCACCGUACUGGUGUCCCUGUUUGUUGCCGCAGUUUCUGCAGCUGAAAAGCUGGAAUCCACAACAGCUGCAAAGACAACCAGUUCGGAACUGACAACGAAAAAUGACGUCAGCUUGUCUACCGGCGCAACCACCACCAGCAGCACACCACCGACAUCAGCACGCCAGAUUACCACUGGGGUCACCUCAGGCAGAGCGUCAUCCUCACCGCCGCCCUCGACUUCCCCACAAACAACCGGCGGGACGGACGUGACACAUCCCAGCGCUCCUCCACAGACCACCAACCACACGUCCAGCGAGACAGUUUCCCGUGGAGCGACAGUCCCAGCCGGAUCAGAAUCACCAAACGUCACCACAAACACCACCGUUAACACAACCAGCCCAGGCUCUUCACAUGACUGGGGAAAAGGUGACUUGGCAGCAAACCCCGGCCUCGUGGCCGUUCUUUGCAUCUUCUGUAUCGUCGUCGCCCUCGUGCUGGUGGUUAUGACCGUGAAAUGUUUCAGAUCACCAAGGUCCAACUUUGAGAGGCUCGAAGACCUGCCGCUGGGCAAAGUGAACGAAGACUCUCCGUUCGCCCACUACUCCAAGUGACGGAGGAGACUUCAUUAGACACUGAGGUCCAGGAGGGGUGCGGUAUGCUGUAUGAAUCUGAUGUGUCUGGACAGAAAAACCACAGAAAUGCUGUCCACACCAGCAGCGACAAGAAAAAGAAAAGUUUAACCCUAUUUCUCUCAGGCUCUUAUUUCUUUACAUAGCACUUUUGUCGAGGACACUGGAGCAUUUCUGCCUCGGCUCAUGCGGCUGCUUUCAGUUCUGUAUAUUUAGUUUCUGAAUCUUAAUCAACUGUUGCACUUAACUCUUUCUUCUUUUUUUGAAAAGAGAAUCAGCCUAAAAAGUACAAAUUUUAAUGUAAUGUUUCCUUCUUAGCACUUACAAUUGCACUCUUACAUGUAACAAGUGAUGGUCUAAGGGUAAGCACAUUUUGAGUUUCCAUCAUGAUUUGGGGGAUUUGUGUUAAUAGCAGUGCACAGUAAGAUGUAUUCCUGUGUUAUCUACAUGUACAAAUGCUUGUCUGGGGCAAAUAGAGCGCACAAGUAUGUGUGGAGUAUAAUUUAUGUUAUUUAUUGUCAUAUAUGAUGUAUAAUAAUGUCCUUCCUGGCCUGCAGUCCCUCAAGCAGUUUUCAGAUUUAAGACGUAAACUCAUUCCCCUUGUUGGACGCCUUCUGUCUUAAAGACCAUGUUAACAUGGCUGCCAUUUUGCCCUGAUGCCAUGAUCAGGGUGGGAAACUCAAAUAAUGGAAAAUGUUAUGCUGUUUCAGGUUAGAGGUCCCAUUUGCUAAAGAUUGGCAAUCAGUUACAGUUACUCUUGUUCAUUUGAUUUAAUUUUCUUAACGUUCAACCUACAGAACAGCUCUCUGUGGUGAUGACUGUGACAUCACAAAGCCUUCCUCACAUCAAGAAUAGAGUACUGACACUACUUUUCUAUGAUUUUAACGAAGUAAUCUUUGCUGCAGUGCAACAUGUUUACACUCGCGGUUAAUGUCAUGUUAAGGAGACCCCCCCCCACCCCCCCCCCCCCCUUCCCAAAGCCUGCUGUCUUUUGUCUUGUCACCUACACUUUAACAAGUCAAGUUUCCCCCGAUAACAUCUGAGAUAACCACGUUGUCUGCAGGGUCUGAUGUUGAUCAUUACCCAAAACAGGUCAGAGCUAUAAGAUGACAGAGCUACUGCGGUUUUGCUAUCUGUGAGUGACAACGCUACUGAGAUGACUUUCCAGUGAUAACAUAAGUAAAACUCAUCUGAGUAACAUCAGCGUGAGUGUGAGGUAACGCUUCUUCUGAGUCAGUCUGUCCAUCUGUUGGAGUCAGAAAAGCAGAAGUUGGACAUUGCUGUCAUGGAUGGUUGCAAAGUAUGUUUUCAAAUUAGACAUGUGGGCAGAUUUUGGUUGAAAACCACACUGUUUUUUUUUUGUUCUUCUUUUUUCAAAGCCUCCUUCCAUUUGUAAUGUGCACAAAAUCACUACUUAGCCUGUUUGUGCUCCAUGAACAUCUGUUCUACUUUGUUGUAACCUAUUGGCACUAAAAUAAAAUGUGAUGUUCCUGGCAGGAAAGCACAAAGUAGAAAAACAAAUAUAAUCUAACAAAGUGAAUCCCUUUCAUUAUGAAUAAAUUAAGUUGCCAACAAGUAAA